ACUUGAGAAAUCUGAAGAUCCUAAAGACCAAAUCUUGUAACUCCAAAGUCCUCUCUAAAAUUCUUACAAAAUCUCUCUUAGUAAUUAUAUCAGCCCAAGAAGAGAAGAGUGAAAAGAUUCAUCAAAGUCUCUGCUCUUCAUCGAUGAUGGUCGAAAGCUGAAACCUUUUCUUUUUUUCUGCAAAUCAAUUAGCCGACAAGAAAAUAAAACUCAACCAACUCACUUUGGUUUUUGUUUGGAUGAUUGAGGUUCGCAAAGAAAUGUCGGAAAAGAGUAUGCUUUCUUCAAAACUCCUCUUUUACACGAUCACUGUCUCGACGCUACUCUUCAUCGUCUCUUCUCUCUUCUUCCUCCAACACAACGAAUCUUCUUCUUUCACUUCAAGUUUAGUUCACAAGCUGAUGAUUCUUCCAAGAACAGACAUCAAGAACCACGACUUGGCUUCAAUCGAUACUAAAAAAUGCGGUCGAAACCGAGAUGUGUUGAAGGUGUUUAUGUACGAUCUUCCCUCUGAGUUUCACUUUGGGAUAUUGAAUUGGCACAGCAAAGGAUCUGAGGUUUGGCCAAAUAUCAAGAACAUUAGUACAGUCCCUUCUUAUCCUGGCGGGUUAAAUCGGCAACACAGUGUAGAGUAUUGGCUUACACUUGAUCUAUUAGCUUCAGAGACACCUGAAAUCAAUAGACCAUGUAGUGUAAUCAGAGUGAAGAACUCGUUUGAAGCUGACAUUGUUUUUGUGCCCUUCUUUGCUUCGUUGAGUUACAAUCGGAAAUCUAAGCUCCGUGGGAAUGAAACCGUUAGUGUUGAUAGAUUGUUGCAGGAGAGAUUAGUUGAGUUCUUGAAAAAUCAAGAUGAGUGGAAAAGAUUUGAUGGGAAAGAUCAUUUGAUUGUAGCUCAUCAUCCAAACAGUUUGCUCUAUGCAAGAAACUUGCUUGGAUCCGCAAUGUUUGUUCUCUCGGAUUUUGGAAGGUACCCUUCUGCGAUUGCCAAUCUUGAGAAAGACAUCAUUGCUCCUUACUUGCACGUUGUUAAGACUAUCUCUAACAAUGAGUCUGCUCCGUUUGAGAAGCGUCCUGUAUUGGCAUAUUUCCAAGGAGCAAUCUACAGAAAAGAUGGUGGAAGUAUUCGUCAAGAACUGUAUAACCUUCUUAAAGAUGAGAAAGAUGUUCACUUUGCGUUUGGAACUGUAAGAGGGAACGGGACUAAACAAACUGGUAAAGGAAUGGCUUCCUCGAAGUUUUGUCUUAAUAUCGCUGGUGACACUCCUUCCUCUAAUCGUCUUUUCGAUGCCAUCGUGAGUCAUUGUGUUCCUGUUAUAAUAAGUGAUCAGAUUGAGCUUCCGUUUGAAGAUACUCUAGACUAUUCGAGUUUCUCAGUGUUUGUGCAUUCCUCUGAAGCUGUAAAGAAAGGGGUUUUGGUGAAUCUUCUCAGAGGGGUUAGAGAGGAUCAGUGGAAGAAGAAGUGGGAGAGACUGAAAGAGGUUGUUGAAUGUUUCGAGUAUCGGUUCCCUUCUCGUCCUGGAGAUUCUGUGGAUAUGAUUUGGUCAGCUGUUUCUCAUAAGCUUUCUUCACUUCAGUUUGAUGUUCAUAGAAAGAAUCGGUACCGUAGAUCUGAUAUUUUUGAUAAAACCCGAUCAGAAAGGUGAAAAAUACUAGUUGAACAAAACCCAUUUUCUCUUCAUUCUUCAUGUCUGUAUUGUUUUCUUGAAUGGGAGAUGUAGUUUUGCCUGCGGGGCAACCUUAGAACUUAAACUUUAGAAGGCUUCAUCCAAAAAGAGUGUGUUGUAAAUGAUGAAAGGAUACCAUUCUAAAAUAAUCACAGAUUCAUAUAAAAAAAAAGUUUAAUA